CUAUCCCCACUACUUCUUGAAACUAACAAAUUCAACAAUUCUUUUGUAUGUCAUACUUUAUUGAAUCAACAUUUUAAUAAGAUUUAAUUUGUUUUCUAUUAUUCAGAUACAACGUUAUAUUCCGAAAGUUGAAACAUUUUCAACGCAUUGUCUGUGUGACAGAAAUCUCAGUUGGUGGUAAAUAUAAUUACUGUGAUAUGCGGAAGAGUUAAAUUUUAUUUUCAAGCUAAAUAAUUUUUAUCGCAUUUAGUUUCGAUUGCAAUUUCUGGCAUAAUCAAGUUCUACAUGUUUGAAUAAUGUUCAAAACAAAACGUUACAGUUCUCGAAUUAUCAACUUGUGUUAACAAACACUGUUGUAAUAUUUUUAACUUAUAAGAGGAGUAUAUGAUUUUAAGUAAAAAUGCCAAAAGUGGUUUCAAGAAGUAUAAUAUGUUCUGAUACGAAGGACCAAGAGGAAUAUAGCGAAGAAAAACCAUUACAUAUUUAUUACUGUUUAUGUGGACAGAUGACAUUGAUUUUAGAUUGUGCCAUAGAAAAAUUACCUUUGAGAAAAAGGGAUGGUGCGAGAGUUAUUGAUGGAAGUAAACAUGCUCACAAAAUGACUUGCGAGCAAGAUGAAAUUGUAUACUUGAAACGUUCUGAAGGAAUAGAAAAACAAUAUCGUCAAAAAUGUAAAAAAUGUGGUCUUUUCCUUUAUUAUAAACAUGACCAAGCAACAAAUAUCGUAUUUAUUGUAAAAGGUGCAGUAAUCAAAAGUUCUGGUGAAGGUCCAAUGACAGAUAUAUAUAAUCAAGUAGCCAUUGAAAAACCAAAGAAAAUAAUGGUAACAAAACACACAAAGAAUAUGGGAAAAUUCAGUUCUGUUACUGUUUCUACAAUUGAUGAAGAAGAAGAUGAAAUUGAAGCAAGAGAAGUUGCUGAUUCAUAUGCUAAUAAUGCACGAAUAAUAGAAAAACAAUUAGAGAGGAAAGGAAUGAAUAAACGAAAAGCUAUGCCUCCACCUGAAGCAGAUCCAAAAAGAACAAGACCACGUGGAACAUUGUUAGAUGUAUAAAACUUAAUUGUAUAUUAUAUAUAUGUAAAAAGAAAUGUGAAUA